AUGUCUUUGACUGUCGAGCUCAAGACGCCGGUCACUGGCCCCUAUCAACAACCUACUGGACUCUUCAUCAACAAUGAGUGGGUCGAAGGUGUAGACAAGAAGACGUUUGAAGUUAUUAACCCAACAACCGAGGAGGUUAUCUGCUCUGUCGCCGAGGCCACCGAGAAAGAUGUUGACAUUGCCGUCUCGGCCGCCCGAAAGGCUUUCGACGGUGUAUGGAGAGAGACUACACCUCAAAGGCGUAGCGAGCUUCUUCUGAAGCUGGCUGAUUUGGCCGAGAAAAAUCUAGACCUUUUGGCUGCCGUGGAGUCUCUCGACAACGGCAAGUCCAUCACCAUGGCUAAGGGAGAUGUUGGUGCUGUUGUAUCAUGCAUCAGAUACUAUGGUGGCUGGGCCGACAAGAUCACUGGCAAGACCAUCGACGUCAACCCUGAUACUUUCACAUACACAAGACAGGAGCCCAUCGGUGUUUGUGCACAAAUUAUUCCUUGGAACUUCCCUCUGCUCAUGUUUGCCUGGAAGAUCGGUCCCGCUUUGGCAACUGGCAACACCGUCAUCAUGAAGUCUGCUGAGCAAACGCCACUCAGCGCUCUUGUCUUCGCAAACUUGAUUAAGGAAGCCGGAUUUCCUCCCGGUGUCCUCAAUGUUAUCUCUGGGUUCGGUAAGACUGCCGGUGCUGCUCUAUCCUCGCAUAUGGACGUCGAUAAGAUUGCGUUCACUGGCUCGACGGUUGUUGGCCGCACCAUCAUGAAGGCUGCAGCCUCGUCCAACCUGAAAAAAGUAACCCUCGAGUUGGGUGGAAAAUCCCCCAACAUCGUCUUCAACGAUGCAGAUAUCGAGCAAACGAUUUCCUGGGUCAACUUCGGUAUUUACUAUAACCACGGACAAUGUUGUUGUGCUGGUUCGCGUAUCUACGUCCAAGAAGGUAUUUACGACAAGUUCAUAGAGGCAUUCAAGGAGCGAGCUCAGCAAAAUGCCGUUGGUGACCCCUUCGAUGAGAACACCUUCCAGGGCCCUCAAGUCAGUCAACUGCAAUACGACCGCAUUAUGGGCUACAUUGAGGAGGGUAAGAAGGAGGGUGCCAAGCUUGAGACCGGUGGUGCCCGCCACGGUGACAAGGGCUAUUUCAUUCAGCCGACUAUCUUCUCUGGUGUUAGCCCCGACAUGAAGAUUAUGCAAGAGGAGAUCUUCGGACCCGUAUGCACUAUUGCCAAGUUCAAGGAUGAGGAUGAGGUCAUUAGCCAUGCCCACGACACCACAUACGGUUUGGCUGCUGCCGUCCACACCACGGACCUCAACACCGCCAUCCGAGUCAGCAAUGCGCUUCGCGCUGGAACCGUUUGGGUCAACUCAUACAACCGUAAGCAAAUCUCUAAAUUAUCUACGAUCCUUAAUCAUGUCUUCCCCUUUUCAGCAUGUCUGUGGGUCCACGUUGCCGGUUAUGGAUAA